AUGUCUGUCGUCGUAGUGGCCGGCGGUUCUGGCGAUCUAGGGAGCCUCAUUGUCAAGGCAUUGUUCGAAACAGGCAAGCAUGAGGUAUAUGUGCUAUCAAGAGGAUCGCCAGCCGAUUUCCCGGAGCGAAUAUCUCCCUUGACUGGCAAAUCCUACAUCCCCUUCAUCCAGACUGAUUACUCGAGCACCGACACCCUCACCGAAGGCCUAAAUAUGCGCAGAGUCGAGGUGGCCGCCGAUAAAGCCUCUUCUGUCAGACGCUUCAUACCAUCCGAGUUCAACAUCGACUAUGAUCUUGGCGAUGCAGUGCCGUAUUCGAACAAGAGGUUUCACUUAGCCGGCAGACGGGCUCUUGAGAAGACAAGCCUAGAGUUUAGCUACAUCUAUCCCGGCAUAUUCAUGGACUACUACGGCAUGCCCAAGUUCCCAACGCCGCUCAGGCCGCUGUGCUUCUUCAUCGACCCCGUCAACCAAGUUGCAGUCCUUCCAGAUGACAGCGAGGCAAAAAUGUCCAUGUCCCCAACUACCGACGUUGCUCGCUAUACUGCCCUGGCGCUUGUCUUGAACAAAUGGCCGAGAGUCAUGACAACAACUGCGAGCACCGUCACCUUGAAGGACCUUGUUGGUCUGUUUGAGAAGUACACAGGCCGCGCAUUCAACGUCGAGUAUCAACCAGUGUCCAGGUUUUUGGAGCAUGACAGCAUGUUACUUCCUGAAAACGGCGCCAUUGCUGAACGGUUUCCGCAGCGAUUCCCAGUUGGCCUCAAGCAGCUUCGGGCCUUGAUAGCUGAUCUUGAGGCAAGUGUGGCCCUUGGAGCGUAUGAUUUGGACAAGAUAAAGGUCCAACUGAAUCUCACAGAGGUACUUGAGGGCAAGACGGCUCCGCCUACUCGCAUUCAAGAUCUAAUGAAAGCAGCAUGGGGAACGGAUUGAGGG